AUGGUUCCAUCGGAGAUCGAGCCAUCUAUGAUGGAAUCUGAUAAUCGUUUCGCCAAUCUGAGAGGCGUACAAUGGCGCGUGAAUCUCGGUGUUCUUCCGUUUCAUGCUCCUUCCAUUGAUGAUCUCCGCAAAACAACAACUGAAUCUUGGAGAAGAGCAUUGGAGCUAGCUACUUCCAAGCUCUUUGCUGGAAGGUGCACGAGUGUUAGGACAUUAAUCCGCUAUGUGAGAAGGAAGAAGAGGAAUGAGCAUGAGAAGUCGAGUGAAGAAGAGUUAGAUUUCUCGGCUGACGUGAACAAGUGA